AUGAGCCUUUUCAAGGUGUUACACUCUUUAACCGCCGGCGAUGACGGCAGCCACUCCCUCCUCCCGAGAUUGUCCUAUACGACGGGUGAUAAUGGUUCGGGGGAGAGUAUUGAUCCCCUACCGGCAGAUCAUCGCAGGGGCCUAGUGGCUGUCUUUAUCAUGGCCAUUCUUUCCACGAUCGCUACUCUCAUGUUGAUUUCGUUCAUUACCUGGCGACUGGUUUUCUGGCGCGGAAGCUAUCAACGAUACAUCGGUUACAAUCAGUAUGUCGUCCUCAUCUACAACCUGGUUAUCGCGGAUAUCCAGCAGUCACUCGCUUUCUUGAUAUGUGCCAAGUGGUACGCGGAAAAUAAAAUCGAAGCAAAUACAGCCGCCUGCUUUCUCCAAGGAUUCUGGCUCCAAGUCGGAGACCCAGCCAGUGGAAUUUUCGUGCUCGCCAUCGCCUUUCAUACCUUUUACGUCGUCGCCUUAGGAAAGAAGCUGAGCUACCGAGCCUUUGUUACGAUUGUGAUUGGCAUUUGGGUGUUGGUUGCAGUCCUUGUCAUUAUCCCACUCGGGUCUCAUGGAAAGGAUGUCUUCGUCCCCGCUGGGGCUUGGUGUUGGAUUAGUGAAAAGUACGAACCCAUCCGACUUGGCACGCAUUAUUUCUGGAUUUUCUUCGCCGAGUUUGGCACGGUUUCACUAUACGCUAUCCUAUGGUUCCAACUCCGUCGACGUAUCAAGCAGUCUGCGAUUCUAGGAAGCAGCCAUAUCGAGAGUCUAAAGCGCCUUCGUCGCGUUGUCGGAUACAUGGUUAUAUACCCAAUCGCUUACAUCGUCCUGUCUCUUCCUCUGGCAGCAGGACGUAUGGCAACGGCACGAGGAGACACCCCGGGCAUCGUUUACUUCUGUGUUGCUGGUGCGAUGAUUACAAGUUCUGGUCUGGUCGAUGUCCUGCUUUACACGCUCACCCGAAAGAACCUGAUUAUCGAAUCCGAGCCUAGCAUGGACCAGAGCUACCACAAAUUCCCCAGCGGCAAGAACAAACUCGGCAGCACCACGGACCCGAAGCACAUGCGGACGGACAUCAGUGCUCUUCACACCUACAAGGGCGGCGACGACGAGGAGCAGAGCCGAGAUGGCUCGACGGACGACAUUGUCAAGAACACGGGCGGCGAUGUCGAACUGACUCCGAUCGGAAAGGUGUACCAGCAUACCACCAUCGAGAUCACGUCCGAGCCCGCAUAUCCUGAGAAUGGUGAAGGCAGCGGCCGGUCAAGCGCGGACUCUCUACCGCCGACAGGCAAGCUGUCUCCCCCUGUCCCAGUGAGGAGAUGGGGAAGAUAG